CGUUUUUUGAGUUGAACAAACGUGCGCGAAAGCCAAACAACAAUAUAAACGAUAAUAUUGUUAUUUUAAACUGAGUUAAAGUCACAAAAAUCCGACAAUGGCAGGACGUGGAAGGGGUGGCAAGACAGGCACCCUCACAGCCGAGCAAAUGGCCAUGCUGGGCUGCACAAAGGACCUGCCGGUGCAGACGGCGCCACCUCCUACGUUUCCACCUGUUUUAAACAGGCCCACUACCAUAGAGACAACCGCUACUCAAAAUUACCAGUUGCUGUGGAAGGAGGAUUUCCUGAAUCGAAUGCGAGAUUCCCCUUAUUACAUCGUCUCCGCCAGCCAGGAGACCCAAAAUCUGGAGCACAAGGACUGGCGAGAGAAAGCCAUGAAGCAUUUGAAGCUCAAGACCCAGCCCGAAUUUAACUACAAAGCCAUGCCCCAGGAACUGAACAUCUCCAGUCGAAAGCGACGCGGCGCAGAUAUACGGCCUAAGUUGCUGGCCAAGAAGACCAACAUCGAGGACCGGCUGAAGGUGCUGGAGCAGAAGGAACUGAAGUCUGGCGGCAAUGAGCAGGACGAGAUCAAGCAGGAAUCCGACUCCGAGCAGGAGGAGGAGCAGGAUGAUCCGGAGGCGGCGAUGGAUGACGAGAUGGACGAGGACAACGACUAUGGAGCCACAUACUUUGAUAACGGAGAAGCCUUCAACGAUGAGGAUGACAAUUUGGACGACGGCCCCGUUUAUUGAGCUAAAUAAAACCAUCGAACUGAA